AUGCAACCACUGGUUGACUUGCGUGUCACAAUCACGUAUGGUAUGGAAGCAUCGUUUGUCGUUGGAGAAGGAAUUGGAAAUCGUGUUCAGGGCACUCCACAUGUCACACCUCCAUUUCCCAAACACCGUGAUGUUAUAUUUGCAGAAGUGGCAAAAUUUUUACAGACAGACAGGAUGAGGUCAAAGGGGCGUUUAAAUUUUAGAAAACAUGUACACAAUGAAGACUUUUACGAACAAUAUUAA